AGACACCAAAGUUUGCUCUCGAAGCAUCCAAAGCGAGCGAUCUCGAACUCAACAAAAUUCUGCCCGUUAGUCCUUCGUUGAUCCAACAAGCCAAAGCAAAAUCAUUCAAUUCCUUCAAUAGCACGACACGUGUGAUGGGGGGAACAAUAUCCUUUUCGCUGGGACGAUCCAGGCCCGGGAACUCACGAAGGCAGAAGGACAAGCUAAGGAUCGAAGAGGAAGAGCGGCGGAGACAGCAACGCCGGAAACAGCGCCUGCUAGACGAUUACGGCGUGUUGAUUCCCCCCGUCUUUGUGGCGAACCAGAACAACGCCGAUGUACCGCUCUCGGUAAAAGCCCACCAGCGGAUGUGGGAGGAACAUUCGUUUGCGACUGCUGCCGACGGAGCUCCAAAUUCGAAUACCAGCGGUGGGGUCGGGCUUGGUUCCGACUUGCUGCUAUGGGCGUGUUGUUCUGCAAGGAAUGGUGGUCUUUCUUCGGGGCCCCUCCUGGGAGAUCGACUCCUGGAAGAAUACAUUCGACCGGGUCUCUUUGUGGCGCUGCCMAUUGCAAAUGCUAGCGCUUCGAUGGUAGACGAUAACAACAAGAUUGGCAUUCAAGUGGCUGUGCUACCACCGUCGUCUUCCCUGCCGUCGUUCGUCUUCCUGACAAAGAGCCUCCACUCCCGAUUGCGAGCGGAAGGCUUUUUGUCCCAGCCGCUGGCAACCGCGAUGACAACUGGUGGGUCGCAAGAGGAAAAUUUUGUUGGCCUCCCCUGGUCGCUGCGACUGUUGGCAGACAUUUCCAGAGACAUUUCCAGCAGCAGCAGCCACAAAAGGAACCAAACGAGGAUCACCUGGACCACAACACCUGCUAGCGGUGUAGCGCCACCUCCGUCGGCGGCGGCGUUCCAAAGGAUGCUCCGGAAUUCCUGGAUCGAGGCCGAGGCCGUCCGCCCCGAUUGGUACCGGUCGGGAAUCAACUUCAAGCUGGCUACGGGGACGACGCUCGAUGCCCUCGCGGAACUGGGACUGGACGCAUCGCGCCUCGUCCACGAGGCUUACCUCGAGCGAAAUGCCCUCGAGAUCAAUGGCGGUGGCMACUUUCUCUCGGACUGGACGAACCAACGCCGGAAGCAGCAGCAAACAAGGGCGGACAACAGCGGGGAUCACCAACGCCACGUCCGGUUCCGGGUGGCUGCCGAGUGCCGGGAGUCGAUUCUGGCGGCCAGCGCAAACAUUCCACUGCGCUCGGCCCUAGCAGGGGGAAACUGGGGAAGCGUCACAAACACGCUGCUGUCGAUCAACCUGAACGGGGGAGGAGCCGGGCAAACGCGUUUGGUAUCCUUGCCACCACCGCUGUGGCUGACGCUCAAGCAAUCCAUGGGAUGUGGUGGACUGGGUUCGUCGUCGAGCUGGAUGCUCCACCUCAGCCAGGUCGUCGCCUUUGAUCGGGACAUUUGGAACAUACUCGAGGAACGGGCACCCAGGGUCCGCAACCAUAUCGGAUGGGUUUGCCAGGUCGAGCGAAGGCGCGAUGGUACUCCUUCGGCAGGCGGUAAAAACGCCGAAACGAACGCCGCUGCUGCUUACUCGAACUCGUCGACCUUUGCCCUCGGCGCCAGUGCUCAAUUCAAUCGCAACGUCGCCGCCAAGGCCGUGCUGGAAAGCACCUUCCACGAUGGCACCUUGCUGCGGWCGUCGUCUUCUUCUUCUUCUUCUGCAUCUUCCGGGAAUCACGACAAAAACUCGGCCGUCCUGAAAUUUGCCUUGAUCUUCAAGCGGUGGCUCCAGCCCCGGGCCUCGCUCAGCAUCGUCCACGCUGUCGAUUUACGGAGUGGAAGGCUUUCUUUUUUGGGACUGGGAGUCGAAAUCGAGCAAAGCGGAACCAGCAGCAGUCACUCUGCCGGCAGAACCACCGGGCAACAAACCGCCAGCAACCGUGGAAUCUCUGUCGAAUACCGAGAUACUACCGAUGUGAAUGCCGAACGGGCACCGCCGACCCGCGUUGAAGUCCAGCUUCCGCAAGGCGGCAGUGGUGACAAACGAUAACAAAGGCCACAAAACUCUAUCGCAUGGAAUGGAUAGCUUGUUCGGUCACAGAAUGGAUCGUCGAGACUAAUCUGAGAUU